UCUCGCGCGGAGUGUAUAGUCGAGUAGCGAGCAACUCUGGUGUGCGUGUCCCCAGUCCUUCUUUACUUCCCUCGCUUCUGUUAGACCUCGCGUUGCCAGAGUCUAUCAGUCGCGUUCGUACCGAGAAAUGGAGCUCGAGCAGCAAACAACGCAGUCGAAUUCCGACUUAGAAAGAAAGGUGAAGGAGAACAGCAAUACGACUGGGAAUCACAACGAUGCCCACACAAAUGGUAUGUCUAAUGGAUUCGAUAAGAAAAGAGAACAUAAAUCUGAGCAUAAGGACAAAGAUAAAGAGCGAUCUCAUAAAUCCGAACAUAAGGAUAAGGAAAGGAGCAAGGAGAAAGAUAGAAAUCAUAAAAGUGAACACCGAGAUAAGGACAGAGACAAACACAAACAUAGUUCCAAUUCUUUUAAAGAAAAGGAUAAACAUGACAGCAGUAACAAAGACAAAGACAAGGAUAAAGAUAAAAAGAGUAGCUCAUCCUCGAGUAAGGAUAAGGAACAUAAAAGUAGUAGUUCCUCAAGCAAAGAGAAAGAGAAAGACAAGAGCAAGGACAGGGAACACCAUCACAAAUCUAGUUCCAGUUCCAAGGAUAAGGACAGGCAUCAUAGUAGUUCCAAGGAUAAAGAGAAUUCUAAUAAAGAAAAAGACAAAGACAAGAACAAAGAUAGGGAUAAGGAUAAACAUAAACACAGCUUGAGUUCAAGUUCUCGGGAUAAGGAUAAAGACAAAAGUAUAUCCAAAGAUAAGGAAAAAGACAAGGAAAAGGAAAAAAAACAUUCGUCAGAAAGGCAUUCUACGUCUCAUACAAAUGACAAAGAAAAGCAGCGCUCUUCUGAAAAAGACAAGGAUAAGCAUAAUGCAUCGAACAAAGAAAAACAUCGUCAUGACAAAGAUAAGGAUCGCCAUCGUCAUGACAAAGAGAAAUCAAAACAUAAGGAAGAAAGGGAUAAGAAGCCUAAAGAAAAGGAUGAAAUUAAAGUAAAAGAGGAGCAAGUAGAUGAAAAACCUAAUCACCUACAAAAUACAGAAUUUCAUUACAAUGAACUUUAUUUCAAGACUGAAGCGAAAGAGGAACCUGUUUCACAAAUUGAACCAGAAGAUGAUGAUGACAGCGGUGGAGAACAACCAUUGUAUAUUAAAGAAGACGAGAACGAAGAAGAACCUGCUAACGAAGAGGACGCUAGUAUGGAUUCAACUGAUGGAAAUGACACAAGACUUUCAGAUCUUCAUAAUACAACUAUUAAAACCGAAGACGAUUCAGAAGAAGAUACACCCUUGAGCGCAAGGUCGACGGCUCCCAAUAGACGAACUAAAAGAUUACUGGAUUCAGAGGAAGAAGAAGAUGAUAAUGUUCCACUUUCAGCGCGCAAAAAAUCCAAGAAAACUGAUACAAAAACAAAGAAAAAGAAACGGAAAUUUGAUGAUGAUGGAGAUGAAGAAAUUGAACAAAAACCAAAGAAAAAAGCUGGUGCUAGAGCAUCAAAAGGAGAAAACCCAAGUCCAAGAAAGAAAAAGCAGGAAGAAGAACAAGAAGUUUGGAAAUGGUGGGAGGAGGAGAAAAAGAAUGAUGGAACAAAAUGGACAUUUCUGGAACAUAAAGGACCGGUAUUUGCACCUGCAUAUGAACCACUACCUCCUGAUGUAAAGUUUUAUUAUAAUGGAAAAGAGAUGAAAUUAAGCGAGGAUGCAGAGGAAGUUGCAACAUUCUAUGCACGCAUGUUGGAUCAUGAUUAUACUACAAAGCCUGCAUUCAACACUAACUUUUUCCAUGAUUGGCGAGAAGUGAUGACAGAAUCGGAAAGAUCUAAAAUAGUUGACUUAAGUAAGUGCAAUUUUAAAGAAAUGCAUGCAUAUUUUCUUCAAAAGUCUGAAGAAAGAAAGGCAAUGACAAAAGAAGAAAAACAAAAAGUAAAAGAAAUGAACGAAGAGAUUCAAAAAGAGUAUGGUUUUUGUACUAUCGAUGGACAUAAAGAAAAAAUAGGAAAUUUCAAAAUUGAACCUCCCGGUUUAUUCAGAGGUCGCGGUGAACAUCCUAAAAUGGGUAAACUGAAAAGAAGAGUUGUGCCUGAAGAUAUUCUAAUAAAUUGCUCCAAAGACUCAAACAUACCAAAACCACCAGUUGGUCACAAAUGGAAAGAAAUUCGACACGAUCCUAAUGUUACAUGGCUUGCUUCUUGGACAGAAAAUAUUCAAGGACAAGUGAAAUAUGUUAUGCUCAAUCCAUCAAGUAAGCUUAAGGGAGAAAAAGAUUGGCAGAAAUAUGAGACUGCUAGGAAAUUAGCACAAUCGAUAGAUAAAAUUCGUGCUGAAUAUAGGGAAGACUGGAAAAGUAAAGAAAUGCGUAUUAGACAAAGAGCUGUUGCAUUGUACUUCAUAGAUAAAUUAGCGCUCAGAGCUGGUAAUGAAAAGGAUGAGGACCAGGCAGAUACUGUGGGCUGUUGUUCUUUACGAGUAGAACAUAUUUCUUUACACGAACAAAAAGAUGGGAAAGAAUAUGUAGUUGUAUUUGAUUUCCUAGGUAAGGAUUCCAUAAGGUAUUACAAUGAAGUGCCAGUAGAGAAACGAGUAUUUAAAAAUUUACAACUUUUUAUGGAGAAUAAGUCUCCUAGCGAUGAUCUGUUCGAUCGUCUUAAUACAACUGUUAUGAAUAAACAUUUAAACGAAUUGAUGGAAGGUCUUACUGCUAAAGUAUUCAGAACAUACAACGCGUCUUGGACGCUACAACAACAAUUAGAUAAAUUAACAAAUCCAGAUGAUACAGAAGCAGAAAAGAUUUUGUCGUAUAAUAGGGCAAAUCGAGCAGUUGCAAUACUAUGUAACCAUCAACGUUCAGUGCCUAAAACUCACGCAAAGUCUAUGGAAAAUCUUAAAGCAAAAAUAGAAGCUAAAAAAGAAGCUAUAGCUGAUGCAGAACUAGCCGUAAAGGAUGCUAAACGUGAUGCGAAGAAUGGAUCUGUUAAAGAAAAAGUUGUGUAUGAGAAGAAAAAGAAAACGCUUGAUAGACUAAAGGAUCAAUUAACCAAGUUGGAAGUUCAAGCAACAGAUAAAGAAGAAAAUAAAGAAAUUGCAUUAGGCACUUCCAAGCUGAAUUAUCUUGAUCCUAGGAUUAGCGUUGCAUGGUGCAAGAAGAAUAACGUCCCUAUUGAAAAAAUUUACAACAAAACUCAAAGGGAUAAAUUUAGAUGGGCAAUAGACAUGGCAGGACCAGACUAUGUCUUUUAACCCUAUGGCAAAUUGAUUAUUUUACAAAAAGAUAAUUCCCACUGAUUGUAUUUAGUGAAUUUUUCGUUUUAAUAAUUGGGAGAAAAAUAAUGGUAUAAUUUUCUAUAUUUACAAAAGAUAAAUGCGAGAGUACGGGGACAUAUUUUAUAUAGAACACUGCGUUAAAAUUUCGGUAAAGACAUUAUACUCAGUGUUUAAUCGACACAUAUUUGUAGUCUCGAGCUGAUCGCUUAACAAUCAUGGCGCAGUUUUAACGGUCGCAUUUGCAUAUAGGCGAUUAACAGAUCUUAUAAAUAAUGAAAAUUAAAAUUGAAUAGUUCGAUGCAAAUUUAAAUCCUUUAGGUAGAAAUUUCUAAUGUGUGCGAAUUACAAAAGUGAAUUAAGAAUUGUGUAAACAAUCUAAAUUUAGAGGUUGUGUCUCUGUUACUGUCACAGUACGAGAAUUUUGUGACCUCUAAAUUUAGAAAUAAAAUACACAAGUAUGGGCUGUUGCAUUGUAAAUAGCAUUCUUUACGAGACAUUGCCAGCCGUUUGAGGAAAAAAGGUACACGUGUAUUGGAUCGAUAAAACACACGUUUGCCAAACGAAUAGGUAAUUUUGUAUUCAUUUAAUUUGACUUUUCUUAUAAAUGUAUAAUAUUAUCACUGGAAAGUCAUUUAUAUCAUCGUUCAUUAUAACAUUCUUAGGAUGUAGAGUUAUUAUGAGCUCUAUGUGAAUUUUUUAGUACCAGAUUUAUUAAAACGAAAUUGUGGUUAGCAAACUUGAUUGGAAUAUACCUGCUAUCCCAAAACAAAGUAAUUAUGAUAUAGUACUGUAUUUAAAAAGUAGAUUAUCGCUUUUAGCGAUUUAUGUUUUAUAAAAACAAUGUUUAGACUAUAAUAAAUGUGAACACAGUGUA